UGAUUUGGGAGUUAUUUAGUUUCUCGUUAGCUUUGGGUUGUCGAUCUCUGAAAGUGUGGAAGGAAUCGUGUUGAUAAUCUCAACCCUGCACUUUCCUUCUUUCAAAGAAAUUUUGAACUGUUUGCCUCUUUAUGCUGUAGGUUGUUUUUUCUACUCAGAGGAUGUUGUUGUUACACAGCUUUUUCCUGUAGUCUGUGAAUCAGGUUGUGUCUGAGGCUCAGGAUAGAUGUAAGAGGAAAACACUGGUGUGAAUAUCCAGAGGAGGACGUUUGGCUGGUGGCUUCAUUUUUCCACUGGAUGUGACUCAUUCCGACGUGACGAUGAUGAUGAUGAUGAUGAUACUGUGGAUCCAAAUGUCAGUACAGGAACAGCCUCCUCCUCCUUCUGCUUCCUGUGACGCUGUGCAGAAGGAGGAAGUCCUGGACAUCUGCACUUCCUGUGCCGCUGUUGCUGCCUCCUCCUGCCCCCGAGACCUGAGCAGAGUCCGAACCAUCGCAUGCACUUUCCUGCUGCAGAUGGGAGGCCGACAGGUGGAGGUGAGUGGAUGUCAGCGGGUCUGUGAGAGGACUUUCAUAGAGCGUCGAUGCUGCCUCCACCACUGGGGUCCACUGUGUCUACCUUGUCCACGUUGGUCAGGAAACAUCUGUAACUCCCAUGGAAACUGUAUGGAUGGUGACCAUGGCAAUGGAACCUGCAUCUGUGAUGAGAAUUUCUCUGGUUUUGCAUGUCAGGAAUGUAAGAAUCCAAAUGCCUUCGGAUCCAACUGUGACAAAGAGUGCGACUGUGUUCAUGGAGUGUGUAAUAAAGGCCCAGAUGGUGACGGACAGUGUUGGUGUCAGGCUCCGUACACCGGGGAGCGCUGUGAUCAAGUCAGUUCCAGUUGUCGUACCUGUCCUCCAUAUUCCUACUGUAAGGGACUCGGAGAUGCUUCUGUCUGUGAAUGUCUUCCUGGAUUCACCAUGACGACAGCAGACACUUGUAAACGAACCUGCUCUGAAAGUGACUGUGAUGUCAACGCUCGGUGCACCUCUGACGGGUCAAAGGUCACAUGCACCUGCAAACCCCAAUUUGUGAGUGACGGCAGCAUAUGCCUACCCAGAAACCCUUGCUCUGAGAACAACGGAGGCUGUCCCAUUGAAUCCACCGUUUGUGUCUUCACUGGACCCAACCAGUCCAGUUGUCGGUGUAAGACUGGCAUGUUGCCUGUUGGGGGCGGUGCUGAGUCUGGCUGUCAGCUGGUGUCUUCCUGUUCAGCAGACUCAUGUCAUCCAUCAGCGACGUGUGAGACCGGACCUGAUGGACGACCCAUGUGUGUCUGUGGUUCAGGUCAGAUUGGAGAUGGGUGGCGUUGCUAUGGAAACCUUAUGGAGCAGCUGAUAGAACUGGACAGAAGUGGAAGUCACAGAGGGAAUCUGACCGGCGCCAUUGCCCUGUUCGAGAAAGGCUGUUCACUGCUGCUGAACCACAAUGGACCAUUCACAGCGUUCAUCCCCCGACUGAAAACCCCUCUAAGUGGGGUUGAUGAGGAGGUGGUCUGCAAAAACCACCUGAUUCUUGGUGAACACCUGUAUGAAGACUUGAGUGGACGAGACUUGAACCUGUACGGCGGAGGUCUUCUGAGGACCAAAGACCACCAGAGGUUCAUCCUGAUGGACAACCCCAGUCGUCCGUACACAGUCAUCCAGGAGAACUUGCCAGCAGCCAAUGGGGUGAUUCACAUCAUUGACCGGCCAAUCAUAAACACAGUUCUCAAAAGGCCCCUUCUUGAUGAACAGUUUGCUGAUAAGACCAUUGGAGAGAUUCUGAGGAUGGAUGGAAAAUUUAACCGCUUUUUGUCUCUGGUUGAUAACUGUGGGUCGCCCCCCCCUCUGCGGGGUCCGGGACCACUGACCAUCUUCAUUCCCACUAACCAGGCAGUGGAUGCAGCCAGAGAUGGCAGCAUUCUGUACAUGCUGAAUGACGCCAAACAUAAACUUCAGGAGCUCCUCAGACAUCAUGUUUUCUCUCAGGCUGUGCUCACAGUGGAUGAAUUGGCGAUUCUUCCUCAAAUUCAUACAAUGGCCAAUCAGUUCAUUACCAUCAAUGUGUCGGAUGAUGGUCAGAUUCUGCUCGGUGAAAAAGAGGUCCACUUAACGAGCACCAGUAUUGUGGCAUCUAAUGGGAUCAUCCAUAUGAUUGAUGGGUUACUGUAUCCACCCUCCAUUUUACCCAUCCUGCCUCACCGCUGUGAUGUCAUCGAGAACAAGAUUACUCUGGGGCCGUGUGUUCACUGCAGUUACCUCUAUGAGACCAGCUGUCCAGAUGGAAGCUCUGAAAUGGAGAGUCAUCUGAUUGGCUGUGACUACGUUGUAUCUGAGAGGGAACAUGUUGGUAGUAAAGGCUGCGCUAAAUACUGCAACACCACCAAACAGGUGUCGGAGUGUUGUAAAGGUUUCUACGGUCCAGACUGUAAACCGUGCAUCGGAGGAUUUCAACAUCCCUGCUACGACAAAGGAUCGUGUUUGGAUGGUAUCCAUGGUAAUGGCUCAUGCAGCUGUAAUCCAGGUUUUGAAGGCAUCGCCUGUCACAUCUGCUCAGAUCCAACGAAGCACGGCAACAACUGUGAUGAAGAGUGUCGCUGUGUCCAUGGCGUAUGUGACAACCGUCCAGGCAGCAAUGGUGUAUGUCAACGAGGGUCAUGUAAGGAGGGAUACUCUGGAGAAAACUGCGACAUGAUGGCAACACCCUGCAAUGCCGAUGGACUGAUGAGACGCUGCCACAUCAAUGGAUACUGCACUCAGACAGGACAGUACACCACAUGUUUGUGUAGAGACGGAUAUGAGCGUAAUGGUGAAUCGUGUACUCUGGUCAACCCCUGUCUGAAGAACCACCACGGAGGCUGUGACAUCAAUGCUGAGUGCGUGUUCAUGGGUCCAAAUAUGGUGUCGUGUGUGUGCGCUGAGGGUUGGAGCGGUGACGGUAAAGUGUGUGUGGAGAUCAACAACUGUCAGAUGGAUGGUCGAGGAGGCUGCAGCAUCAACGCCAACUGUAUCCACAUCGGACCGGCACAGAGUGAGUGUGUGUGUAAAAAAGGUUACAUGGGAGAUGGGAUGGUUUGUGACCUCAUUAACCCCUGCCUGACAAACAAUGGAGGCUGCCAUGAUCUGGCGACAUGUGAGCUAAAGGUAGGUGGAACUCACACCUGCACAUGUCCUGAUGGGUAUGCCGGUAACGGAAACAUCUGCUACGGCUCUGUCCUGGAGGAGCUGGACAUGAAUAUAAAACUGUACAGUUUCUACAGACUCAUCCAGAGGGACAGUCAGUGCACAGAGGACCUGAGUGGAAACGUCACUGUGUUGGCUCCGUCCACAGCAGCUCUGAGGAACAUGACUCCAGCCCAGGACUCGUUCUGGACCAGCCGACAUCACCUCAGCCACUUCCUCAGAGCUCACUUCCUGUAUGGUAUCCAUUCUGUGGAAGAUCUGGACAAACUGAUGGGCAGCCGGGUACCCACCCUAAACCCCCCCACCCAAUGGGAGAUCAGCAACAGCAGCGGGGUGAUUCGCGUUGGCAACGCCUCCAUCCUCACCCACAACCUGCCUGCAAUCAAUGGCUACAUCCACAUUAUAGACCAGAUUCUGGCCCCGCCUUUGUCAGACGUACCCCCCGAACCUCCAAACCUGAUGGACUUCCUCAACUCCACCUCCAACUUUACUCUGUUCAGACAGUUUGCACUGAUGUUCAACCUUUCCGGUGACCUGGGGGGGUCUGAUUUCACCCUCCUACUCCCCAUAGAUGAGGCUGUUAGGAAACACCUCAGCUCUACCAACUCUUCUGUUCUGGAUCCAGACACCUUUAAGUACCAUGUGGUCCGUGGAGACCUCCUGUUCCCUGACCACCUGUCUGAUGGAACAGUGAAGAGCACCUUGCUGGGCAGUGACUACCAGGUCCAGUUCCGCCUCAACGACCAGAACGAGACAAUGGUGAACGAUGUUCCUCUUGAUGGAAGUUUCACUGAGACGCAGUAUGGUGUCAUCAUGGUCCUAAACCAGGUCCUAAAGGUUCGACGGAACCGAUGCAGCAAGCCCAUCACCCUGCAAGUCAGUGGCCGGUGUUCAGACUGUAAUGGACCUCCUCGAUGUCUCUUCAGCUACAAACCAAUUCGAAGCCAGUUUCCCGUCAACAUGAAAUCCAACUGUAAAUACAGGAAGCGGGUCCGAUCCAGGAGGAAGUCGGUGCCAGGUUGUGUCAUCAAAUGUCUUCGCAUCACCACGGAUCACUCCUGUUGCCCUGGCUACUACGGACAUGAGUGCUACAAAUGCCCCGGAGACAUCGGAAACUGGUGCUCCAAUCAUGGGGAGUGUCAGGAUGGUAACCAAGGUGAUGGAGAGUGCCGUUGCUAUGAGGGUUUCCAUGGCACCGCCUGCGAGGACUGUGAACCGGGUCGAUAUGGACUUAACUGCACCUCCAAGUGUGUGUGUGACCAUGGGAAAUGUGAGGACGGUUUAGAAGGAAGUGGGAGAUGUGUAUGUUAUAAAGGGUGGAAAGGAGCUUCGUGUUCUGUAGAGAUUAAAGAUGACGCCUGUGGAGGUGCGUGUCAUGAAAACGCCAAUUGUAUAACAGGACCCAAAGGGACAGCAGCCGCCUGUGUAUGUGUGGCCGGACACGAAGGCAACGGAACCCACUGUAGAGAGCUGGAUCUGUGCAGUCUCUCUAACGGUGGAUGUUCAGAGUUCGCCGUCUGUACCAAGGUGUCGGCUGGAGAGAGAACCUGUACCUGUGACCAUGGAUACAGCGGAGACGGCGUUGUCUGUCUGGAGAUCGAUGGUUGUCGGGUGGAUAACGGAGGCUGCCACCAGUGGGCUGAGUGCAUUCGGACUGGACCCAACACUACGACCUGCAGGUGUUUGGACGGAUUCCAGGGGUCAGGGAGGUUCUGUUCUGCAGUCAACCCUUGCAGAAAAAAUAAUGGCGGCUGCCAUUCGUCUGCGUUCUGCGAGUACCUCGGUCAGGGCAGGAGGAACUGUUCCUGUCGCCGUGGUUACAUCGGUGAUGGUUUGGACUGUCGUGGAAACACCUACACAGAGCUCUUCCACAGACCAGAGAAUGCCUUUUUCCGGCGGAUGAUCCAAACGUCAGGUAUCCGUGGUUUCUAUGGCGAUGGACCAUUCACUGUCUUUUCUCCAGUGGAGCAAACCAACAACUACUCAACUAUUAUCCAGUGGCAGAGGUCUGGUCGUCUUGGAGACCUGCUUCGUUACCAUGUUGUGGCCUGUGAGACCUUGACCCUGAAUGACCUCACAACCACCCAACGGGUCAUUGCAACAUCUGGACACUCACUGCACUUCAGCCAAAACCAGGGUUCAGUUUGGAUCAACAAUCAAUCCCGGAUUGUUCGCAGUGACUACACCACAUCUAAUGGAGUCAUUCACUAUAUUAACUCUCUACUGACGCCAUACAAACUACAGGACAAACCCCAGAUAAACGCCAAAACGAUGAAUCUCACUCUUGCUGCUGUAUUUUAUGGUUACACACGUUUCUACAAACUUAUUGAGGAUGCAGGGUUAGUCCCGCUGCUGCAGAUGUCCAUCCAUCAGCCCUUCACCAUGUUCUGGCCUUCGGACCAGGCUCUUGACUCACUUCCUCCUGAACGGCAGCACUGGCUCUACAGCCCCGACCAUCAGGAAGAGCUCGCUGCUACAGUCAAGGCUCAUAUGAUCCGCAACACCAAGGUGAUGAGUUUAAGUCAACCAGAUAAAUACACAGAUAGGUACCGGACCAUGCACGGAUCCACCAUCAAGUACAGAUGUGACAGGAAUAUGGUGGGUGAAGUACUGAUUAAUGAUAACGAAGCCCGCCUGGUGGAGCGCUACCUGAUGUUCAGAGAGGGUGUGGCCUAUGGCAUCGAUCACCUACUUGAGCCCCCGGGCCUUGGAGCUCACUGCGAUGGCAUCGAGAACAAAACGACAUAUGGACGCUGUGGACGCUGUCACUUCAUUCCACCCUGUCCAUUUCGGCAUAUUGAUACGGGCAGGACGGAGCGCUGUGACAGGUUUCAGUCCAGUUACAUGGGUUUUCCAUCUUUGCGUUCGUCAUCUCGCCUCUACGAUUACUACCUGAGGGACUGUCGGAGGGUCUGCCUGCAUACCAGCUGGACCCAGCGAUGCUGCAAAAAUCACUAUGGACGAGACUGCCAAGUUUGUCCGGGCGGGGUGGAGUCCCCCUGUGGUAACCAUGGUAACUGCGAUGAUGGUCUUCGUGGAACAGGGAGAUGCAAUUGUUACCGUGGAUUCACAGGAACAGCCUGUGAACAAUGUCAGAGUGGUUUCUAUGGCCCCAACUGCACAGCCUGUAACUGUGCACAGAUGGGAUCAUGUGACCACGGUUCUGAGGGUUCUGGUCGGUGUGUCUGUAAACAGGGUUGGGUCGGAGAUCGAUGCCAGACUGAGCUCGGUUCCCUCCCAGAGGAGUGUCGUCAAUGCCAUCCUCAGGCCACUUGUCUGCCCUCUGUUGGCUGUCAGUGCAAAUCUGGAUACCAGGGAAAUGGUACUUUCUGCAUCCCAGAACCACCUCCUGACCUUUGCUCUGAGUAUAAUGGAGGCUGUCACCUCGAUGCAGACUGUAAUCAGACAGGGUUGAUGAUCAACUGCAGCUGCCAUACUGGUUACCAAGGAGACGGCGUCUCAUGUGAGCCCAUCAACAGGUGUGUGACGGAGACAAAUGGAGGAUGCAGUGACUUUUCCACCUGCACGUUCACUGGACCGAAUGAGCGUGACUGUGAAUGCCUCCCAGGAUACGUGGGUAAUGGAGUCCAGUGUAUGGAGAAGGUGGUGCCUCCUGUUGACCGAUGCCUGGAAGACAACGGCGGCUGUGACCGCGUCGCUGCCUGCAAAGACCUGCAUUACCAUGUAAACCAGGCUGGAGUGUUCCACCUUCGAUCCCCUGAUGGAAAAUACAAACUGAACUUCAGUCAGGCUGAUGCUGCCUGUCAGGCCGAAGGCGCCACGUUGGCCAGUUACAAACAACUGGGAUACGCCCAGCAGCUGGGGAUGCACCUGUGUGUAGCCGGAUGGAUGGAGGGGGCGAAGGUGGGAUACCCGACCCAGUUUCCUUCAGACAAAUGUGGACUUGGACAUGUGGGGAUUGUGGAGUACAAGGACCCGGUGGACCAGAGCAGCACAUACGACGCAUACUGUUACAGGAUCAGAGAUGUUUCAUGCACAUGUCCUGAUGGUUACAUUGGAAAUGGAGAUUUCUGUAAUGGUGUUCUGAUCGAUGUCCUCGCUAAAAGCAGCAGUUUUACCAUCUUCUACAAGUUCCUGGUGGAAUACAGCGGUCUGUCAUUGGAUGGAAAACAACUGAUUGAGUUUUUAUCUCAUAAAAACUCUGAUGUGACUCUGUUUGUUCCCCAUGACAAUGGCUUCACCUCCAACCAGACUCUGUCUGGGCGGGACCUGGAGUAUCACAUCUCAACCAAUCACAGCAGACGACUGUUUAAUGACCUGAAACACCAGGAAGUCAUCAAAUCCAGACUCGGCUUCAACUUGACUGUUACCCACGGCAACAACCAGAGCUGUAAACUGGUGAACCAGCGCCUCCUGGUGGACUGGGACAUCCCUGCAGUAAAUGGCAUCAUCCAUGUGAUUGAGGCCCCACUGACGGCGCCCCCCUCUCUGAUCUCCCCUCAUGGGUCCAGCACCAGCGCCUGGGCCAUCAUAGUGUCUGUCUUGUUGGUCUGUGUUUUGGCUGCACUUGGAUACUACGUCUUCAAACAUAAACCUGAUGCUUUCGGCUUCCACUACUUCAGAAAUGAGGAGGAAGGGUCCGAGGGGGGCGUCCUGGGUGUCCAUCCGGCCCUGGUGUCCAUCCCCAACCCUCUGUACAGUGGAUCCAGAUCCUUCACAGAUCCAUUUGGGGACUCUGGUCAGGAGGUGGAUCCAUCAGACCCUCAAGAUCCUCCAAAGAUCUUGGACCUGGACCUAGACCACAACAACAAGGAGUAGAAAAGUCCAGACCAAACUCAUCUGCAGAUUGCAACUAACAUCAAAUAUUUUGUAAUAAACAUGAUUUUGUCUUUUCUUUAGUGCAUCAUGGGUCUGAACUCUGAGGCAAAUUCAAACUCAGGAUCUGAUCAAUUGAUGUUAAACUCUGAUAAUGACUGUCACAUUCUGAGUAUUUCUACAUCAAAUAUGCCAAAUUGGCCCUGAUGGACCAGAUUAUAUAUGUGUCCACUGUCUGGAACAUACAUCUGAACAUCAGCUGUUCUGGUUGUGUCCCACUCUUACAAAUACCCAUUUUGUGGGUAUUUCGAGUGGCAUUGAAUUUUAAUUUGUUUGAAUCUGUACUUAUUUGACCUAUAUUCACUGAAACUUCUAACCUAUUUCUCUCCAACAGUUUUUCAAAAGGAAAUGAAACACUAGGUUUAUUACUUCGACCUUUGUUUCCUUAGAAUUCUCUUUAUUUCCUAUUGAACACACAUUUUUUCGUAAGUAAAGGUGUCUAAUAUAUAGCUCUAAUCAAAGAGAAGAUUACCUACAUUUUACAUAUUAACCACUUGAAUGUGGGCUUCAGCCACAUUUUGCCUUAAAGAUUUUAAAAAUAAUUUCCACUUUUUGUUAUUUCUCUGCAGCUGUCAUGAGUUUCAUAGCUCACAUUUGCUCCUCUCACCCCUCACGCCAAUUUUAGCUAGAUUUAACUUACUAGCUAAUGUUAAUUGCUGUUAGCAGUUAGCUAACUGUUAGCUGAUUUGACUAUCUGUUGUACUUAAAAAAUUAUUAAAAUAAAUAAAUAAAAAAUCUUACAUUUGCCAAAUGGAAUGACUGUCCCCGGUUCAGGUCUGUCAUUCUUCAUCUUUCUUGUCACUAUAAGAAAAGGCUAAAAAAAAAAAAAAAAACACCUUGAUUUGUGAAUCAUUAGUCUGAAGGUCUUAUGCAAU